GGGAAACGACCUCUCCUCUUCUUCUCUCUUCACUCGUGUUGAAAUUGAAAUAAAUCGCGGUCAAGAUAAAAAAAAAAGAAAAAAAAAGAAGAAAAAAAUCGCGGUCUCCUCCUCAUCGAGCCGCGCGGCUGGAUCGAGGAUUCGAGCAGGUUGAUUUCAGAGUUGAGUGCCACUGAUUCAGCUCCAAAGUUAGCAUGAGUACUGUCAGCGGCACUCGGCGUGCCCCAAGGAGGCAAUCACAAGAUGGUCCUGGUGAUAAAGUCGUUGUGAACCUGGACGCGAUCUCCUCCCCAGUGGUUGGAAGCCGUCGCGCGGUGCCGACCUCCACUGGUGCGCGCGCCUCCCCCAUUGAUGUGGAAGCUCUGGAUGAUGAAGUGCAGACAUUGUCCGCUUCGCAAGUGCCUCCUCCGAGAAGGAACCGGAGAACUAGGAGGCAGCCUGUGGCAGUAGUUGAUCUGGAAGUAGAUGCUAGCCGGGAAGGGAACAAACGUCAAAGGGUUGCACCUGUUAUACACUGCCUCUCUCCAGAAAGGGGAGAAGGGUCCAGCUUGAAGACUAGCAAUGAGCCUCCUAAGGCAAAGGAACCGGUUUUUAACUGUCCGGUGUGUUGGAACAAGUUGGAGGAGCCCUCCACAACAAUUUGCGGCCAUAUCUUCUGCACGACAUGCAUCAAGCAAGCCAUCCAGAUUCAGAAGAAAUGCCCUACUUGCAGAAAGAGUCUGAGGGCGAACAAUUUCCACCGUAUUUACCUUCCAAACUCUGAUAGUUAAGGCUCAUUGGAUGUACCAAAGGAACUUCUGGCAGCAGCAGCAGCAUCCUCCAAUCUAAUAUAUUCAGAGGAACAGGAGUUCUCCCAUAACGUGUACCAUUUUGCUGUGGAAUUGUGUCACGGCAAAAUGACCACCUAGACCCGCAUGUUCAUCCAAGGCUACUGUUGUUUGUAUGUAGAUGCAUCACCAGGAGCUCAUCAGCUGCAGGUGACAACUCUGGUUUAGGCUACCGAAUGGCCUCUCUGCCUCCAAAGGAUACACAACAAAACUAACUAUAGUCCCCAUUGGUUAGAUUUAUCUAGUUUGUGUACUGUUGUAUUUACCAUGCGUUUGGCCAUGUACCUUACCUUCUCUCCAUAGUUGUUGACGUAGCCUUGAAUCAGCUUGAAAUCGUGAUGAUGUUAACGCAUUACAUGUUUACUCUUGCUUGUA